UUAUCUUUGAAAACUGAAAAGAGAAUAAUUGGUAAACAGUAAUAAAAUAAUAAAACAUCCAUCGCAAAAAAAAACUAUAAGUGUGCAGAAGAAAAUUUAGUUUCCUUAAUUCACUUUUAGCACUUGAAGCGAACACACGCGAUGCAAGCUAAUCGAUUUGUAGUAUUUUUAGUUUUGACUUUGAGCUAUUUUGCAGUUGGAAUAAUGGCGAAAAAAGUGGCUGGAUUGGUUGUAUUUCGACGUACAAACGACACGAACGCGAUCGAGUAUUUGAUGUUGAAACCAAAGAGCAAUAAGAAGAAAUGGUCACCACCCAAAGGUCGAGUCGAUGAUGGUGAAGAUUUUUUCACGGCCGCCGUACGAGAAACGCAUGAAGAGACACGAUACACUGUCGGCGAUUUGAAUAUUCAUAUGGAACAUAAUCAAGCAAUGGAGCAACCAAUGAAAAAAGGGAAGAAAAAGACCGUGAAAUUUUGGUUGGCCGAGCUGAAAGAUGGGAACAAACAACCAAAACUUUCACACGAACAUUCUGAAUAUCGGUGGAUGAGCAAAGAAGACGCAAUAUUGAUAUGUGACAUUCCAGAAUUCACAGAAAUUCUCAACGAAUUCGAUGGCUUUGCAAAGACCCUCUAAAUUUAUUUUCAUUUUUUUAUAUGAUAUAAUUGAGAUAAAUAAACAUUAUCUCCACUAUGUA